GGAUUCCAUAGAUCACUUCCGGUUGAAAAGAAACAACGGGGAGAAGCGCAAGGAACUCUCUAGAAACCACGUUAUAAGAUCAUACUCCCAGAUACUAAAGGAGUAGACAUAUCAAGAAAAGCGAUUCUUGUUUUAACUCUGUGCCUAUUCAAAUCCAACGGUAAGAUUAGAAGUAGCAGAACUUUUCAUUGUUGAACUUUUCAUUGAAAAGAAAAGUACAUCUCGUACAAAAUUGGAAAAGUAUAUCUGAAUGAUGGAGAUUAUUAGCCAGUUGCCUAAUCAUGUUUUAUUCCGAAUGUGUAAUAAGUAGACUGUGAAGUCUCAUAGAUGAUAUGAUUUCAUUUCUACUGUUUGGUGGAUCAAUUUUUGUCGGACAACCGGGCCCCUGUGGUCAGACUUGGGAAUUAGUAAUUAGACAUGACUUUGAAUAUAGCACGUGUGCUCUUUGAGUUAAAUUAUUACAUACAUUGAUCAUAAUUAUAUUUAGUACUAUGAUCUGGAUGCUUAACAAUGCUACGUAGCUAAGCAACAUGCAUUGUUAUGCAACGGAUUGAGAUUAUACAGUAUUGAUGUUCUUACAUACAAUAUAAGACUUACUGUGAAAUGUGAAUCAUAUUUUAUUCAAUCCCACCAGACUAGCCAUUGACAAAACUUUAUUUCUCUUGAAAAAUCUCUUGCGUGUAUAGAAGACUCGACCAAUAAAUAAUGAUUCGUGAAAGUUAUGUCUUGGGAAUAAAUACACCAUUAUCCUCGCAAAAAUAAAGUCUCAUGAAACAUAGCCAGUAAAUAGGUAUAUAAUAUUUAAAUAUAUCCAAUCUUAGAUGUGCCCCUCAAGGGGUAUGCUUGUAAAUAUACUGUCUAAUUAUUACAGAAUUUUGAAGCUAAAACUUUAAUAUGGCAGUUGAAAUAUUGUUUUUCAUAAUUUGAUAGGAAAGGUCACUGAGACAUGGUGAAGGAGACUGCUUACUAUGACAUCCUGGGCGUCAAACCGAAUGCCACGGCCGACGAAAUCAAGAAGGCUUACAGGAAGCUGGCGCUGAAGUAUCACCCGGAUAAAAACCCCGAGGAGCCGGAGAAAUUUAAGUUGAUAAGCCAGGCCUAUGAAGUCUUAUCUGACCCAAAGAAAAGAGACAUUUACAAUGAAGGUGGCGAAGAGGCCAUCAAAGGCGGCGGUACCGGUGGGGAUUUCCACAACCCAUUUGAUAUCUUUGACAUGUUCUUUGGUGGCGGAAGUGGAAGAAGAGGUCAGAGGGGGCCGUCUAAAGGGAAGAAUGUGGUGCACCAACUCCAGGUCAGCCUAGAGGACCUCUAUAAUGGAGCUACCCGAAAACUGGCCCUGUCAAAGAAUGUCAUCUGUGAUAAAUGUGAAGGUCGUGGUGGCAAGGAGGGAGCUGUUCAGAAGUGCACAACUUGUCGAGGAACUGGCAUGCAGAUCCGGAUUCAUCAGCUUGGACCAGGCAUGGUGCAGCAGAUCCAGACGGUGUGUUCCGAGUGCUCCGGAAAAGGUGAAAGCAUCAACCCCAAACUCCGAUGUAAACACUGCCAAGGCAAGAAGGUGAUCAGAGAAAGAAAAAUCCUGGAGGUCCAUAUAGAUAAAGGAAUGAAAGAUGGAGAAAAUAUACGAUUUGCUGGGGAAGGUGACCAAGAGCCCGGAUUAGAAGCUGGAGACAUAGUCAUCGUGCUGGACGAGAAAUCUCAUGAGGUUUUCAAGAGGCGUGACUUCGACUUGGUAAUGACCAUGCAACUUGACCUGGUAGAGUGUCUGUGUGGCUUUCAUAGAACAAUCACCACCCUGGACAAUCGGACACUGGUCAUAACGGCAAUACCAGGUGAAAUUAUAAAACCAAAUGAUAUCAAGUGUGUUAUGAAUGAAGGUAUGCCAAUGCACAGGAACCCAUUUGAGAAAGGACGUCUUAUAAUCAAAUUUGAUGUGAAAUUUCCGGAAAAAAUCAAAGUGGAACAAGUUCCUUCCUUGGAGAAAGUUUUGCCGACCAGAAAAGAACCAAUUAUUCCAGACGGUGCUGAGGAACACGAUUUAGUGGAGUUCAAUCCUUCUGAAUAUGAACAGCAGCGUCGACGAGAGGUGUAUGAUGAUGAUGACGAUGAUGACAUGCCUGGAGGUCAAAGAGUUCAAUGUGCAUCUCAUUAAUGAAGAGAAAUGGGGUGGGAAGGGUCAAGAUAUUUAUAAAAACACUAGGAUGACCUAUUGCUAUCGGUUGUUGUUCGUCACUUUUUUAAAGAUGUUUAGCUAAUGCUGUAAAACCAGAUUUAAAGACUCGACUUUUGUACUGUACAAUUACUUGAGACAAACAGACUUGCCCAAACAGCUUACACAUAAAGGGGUUGCUUGAUUUACAUGUACAUGUUGUGUCGUGAGGGGCACUUGUCUUUGUACAUGACGAUCGAAUGUUUUCACAUAGAUUGGAGUCAGUUACUGAAAUAAACACACAACACAGACAUAUAUAAGAACGAAUGGAAGUGUCUGAUGUUUUAUUCUGCAAUAAAACCAUAAUUACUAACUAUUCAAAAACUUUUUUGAUAAGAUUAUAUGCAAAAUAUUUGGUUUUAACUUGCUUGAAUGUACAUGUAAAAUUUCAGUGUACACGUAGGACGCAUCACACAAAAUAGGAAGGUCUGCUUCGGUUUGCCUAUGCAUUGGAUGAAGAUAAUUUUGUAUAAUAGAUGAAAAACGUUUGAAAUAGAACAUCAUCUUUGCAUUUCAAAGGUACAUGUAUGAUCUGUCAACACGAAAAUAAUUCAAAGGUGUCAUUUUCAUGUGAAAUGUAGAAAUAUUAAAUGUAUAAUAAAUGUUUUAAAGGUAAAGAUUUUUCAUUUCUAAAAUGUAACAUUUUAUUAAAAAAUUGUGGUAAUUUUGAAUAAAUUGCAUAUAAAGUAUCCUAGAAAGUCGAAUGACAGCUGCAGGACAUCAUAAGAUUGUAGUUUUUGUUAUGACAGAGGAUUUUGUAAUUAAAUUUGCAAACUUUCACUUUAGUCCAGAUACUCGCUUCAAUACUGCGUGUUGAUAGGUUAAUUAAAACAAGCAUGCAUCACAUGAGUAAAGCAGAUAGAACACGUGACCAGUCGUGUUAGAUAUAUUGGACAAUAAUGACAAGUGGCAUCCAUUUGAUAUCGGAACCGGUAGAUUUUGUUGAUUAAAAAUCCAAAUCUGUUAGCGAAUUUUAAAUUCACUACUUGAGGUCAAGGUCAGUCGUAAUACAAAGUAAAUUUCUGGGUCAAGGUCAUAACUAUUUUAAAAGAAAGUCCGAGUAUUAUGGACAAAAACGUUUAGUUUGAGCUACAUAUGUUUUUAAGGCAUGCAUUGUCAAAUGAUUGGAGGUUGCUACAGUGGUAAUGACAUGCAGAUGACCCCUGUGGAUUUUCAGGUCAUACUCUAUUUCUUGAGACAUCAUUUUCAGUGAGAGGGGCACAUUUUGUUUUCUGUAACAAAUCGUGUACAUAAAGGUAACGGCUAAUUUUCUUCAUGAUGAAAUUUAAGUCCUUUGGACGUAGACUUCUGACUUGAAGGGUUUGUGACGCAUAUUCGACAAAAGCUCUCUAAUACGCCCUAACAAACUAAAGUAACACUUCACCCUUGUAUUCUGAUGACCUUUAAAAGCCCAUGGUUUUUUUGUAUUUUUCUUUUUUUUUUGUGAGGUUCACUUUUGGUAUUGAAAUUGUUUGAUUGUCUCUGUUUUGACAAUGCUGUGGAAUUUGUUUUUAUAAUAAUUCAUAAUUUAUUAAUUUUAUAUACAAGUGUAAAUUAAUUACAUUCUCUAUCUCCUGUUCUAUGGUUUGUUAUGUUGUGAUGUAUAUACACGCGAGUUUAUUUGAGUGAAUGUGGUACUUAAUCUGGUGUAAAUGAAGAUGAUUGAAUGGUUUGAUGUGGGAAUGUUUUGGGUCCAGCCGAUGCAAUUUUAAUCAGAAACUAAAUUGUAUUACAAUCUGACUUAAUCUUUGAUUCUCAAUGUGCAAAGUAGUUAUCAAAUUUCUCCUCUCAGUGUCUUUGACUUUUCUAUUAGUGUGAGAAUUAUUGUCCAUGUACAGUAUGUAACCUAGCAUUUGUCAGUAGCAGUUCAUCCGUGGGGGUGGGGGUCAACAUUAAAUUUUAUUUUACAUAUAAAUUGUAUGCCAUUGUGGAAAUCUCCAUCGGUGUCUUUUAUCAUUGAUUUUGAUGUAACUUAAAACUACUGCCCAAUGUUAAAGAAGACAAUUAGAUGCAGCAUGCUUUGUGAUGGUUUUACUGAUGUUCUCAUAAUUUAAUCCUCAGGAUAAUGAAACAGACACUUAAUUCACAGUUUAGCAACGGAAAUAAGUUUUGGAAAACCACGCAGUAUUUGUCCCGUUUUCUGUCCAAAUUCGAAUAUAUCUAAUUCUGAUAAAAAUACUAUAAUGACAAUAGAACACAGGAAGAUUUUCUUAUACAGAGAAUUUUCAUAUUUCUGUAAUGCCACAAAUACCCAUGGCAAAUGGUGUAUAGUAAAGCAUUAUCUACAUCGAAAGAAAUUUAUCUAAUCAAUCUGAAAUGAUUAUACACGUAGAAUGUGAAAUACGCAUGGGUAGUGUUUCUUUCAAGUUGACCAAAAAAAAAGAUACAUGGUUAAAAAAAGAUUCCAUUUCAUUUUACUUCCUGAAAAUCUUAUACAGUAUGUUAGCUUUCAGUUUCAUUUUACUUCCUGAAAAUCUUAUGUAUGUUAGUUUUCAGUUUAGAAGAUACAUGCAUCUUAUUUAUGAUAAAUUGUUUGGGAUGUAAAUUGCAUUAUCAAAUCCUAUAAAGCCCAAGAGUGUUCCUCUAGAUUAGAUCCUAGUGCCUGCUCCUUUCUGCAGUGGUUGAAAUUGCAGAAAUGUUACCUUCAGUAAGUUAUUGCUUGCAUUUAAAUUUGUUGAUUUUUUUAAUCAAUAUUAGAAGUCUGAUUACGAUGUGAAGCCUCUUUAAUCCAACACUGGCAGAUGAUGCAGAAUAGUGCUUCAGAAUAUGCCAGAGUGAAAACACCGAAAUGUAUAUGUUAUUUAAAAUUCAGAAAUUGUUAAUGAAUCUCGGGGUUGAUUUGUGAGGUUACAAUCAUAUUGUUUCAUUCUAUUAUUACGGUACAAUUAAGAUCUGUUACAGAAGGAGUUCCUCUUCAUUUAAAAUCAAAACAUCAUUCCUGGAGUAUCCCAUUGUCACAUUUUGAAAAACAUUUGCAAAUGUAAAUAUUUAAUUGUGAGAAUUGUGUUGAUGGCAUGGAAGUGAAGAGUUUUUGAAUAUUGGAAACAAGUGUUGUACAGUUGAUUUAAGAAAAAAAAACAAACUUGCACACAAUAGUAUGUAUUGAAUGUGUCUUUCUGUUGUAAAAAAUCUAGUUUAAAAAUGAUUGUCUCCUUUUGCUUUCAAAUUGAAUGAUUCACGUAUUUAUAGAUGAUUGCAAUAAAUACAAACCUUUUAUGUG